GAGCAAUCUGUGAACCCAAAUUUGUGCUCAUGAAGAGAGUUAAGCUCAGCAUAAGGUCCCUAAGUUGCUUGUGUCAAUUAAUGGCAUAAGCUUUUCCAGCUGUAUAGAUCUAGUAGAGCCCAGAUCCCUUAGGCAUUGCAUUGUGUCACUGUAAAAAGGACUAGAAUUUGUUCACCAUGGCUGGGACAGGAAAUGCUAUAGCAUUCUUUCUUUUAAUAGCAAUGUUUUGCAUUCAUGCCGAAGCCACCAAAUCCUUUGGAAUCUUCGAAAGCCUGGCUCCAGCUACGGUUCGACAGCCUGCAGUGACAGAACCUGCACCGAAACCUCACGUGGAAGAUCCUCAAACUGUAGUUGAAAUGGUCGAAAGGAACCUUAACAGUUCGAGGAGGGAGCUGGGUUAUCUGUCAUGCGGAACAGGAAAUCCGAUCGACGAUUGCUGGAGGUGUGACCCCAACUGGGAAAGCAACAGGCAGAGAUUGGCUGACUGUGCCAUCGGAUUUGGCAGAAACGCCAUUGGAGGACAAGGCGGCAGAUAUUAUUUGAUAACAGAUCCCAACGAUGACGAUCCAGUGAACCCCAGGCCCGGCACUCUGCGUCAUGCUGUGAUUCAGACAGAGCCCCUGUGGAUCAUAUUCCAAAGAGACAUGGUCAUCCAACUCAAGGAAGAGCUCAUCAUGAACAGUCACAAGACAAUUGAUGGCAGAGGGGCAAAUGUCCACAUUGCAAAUGGCCCUUGCAUUACAAUACAGUAUGUGACCAAUAUAAUCAUUCAUGGCAUUCAUAUCCAUGACUGUAAACCUGCAGGAAAUGCUCUGGUGAGGGAUUCUCCUGGUCAUUAUGGAUACAGAACUAUCAGUGAUGGCGAUGGGGUGUCUAUAUUUGGAGGGAGUCAUAUUUGGGUCGACCAUUGCUCUCUUUCCAGCUGUGCCGACGGACUUAUUGAUGCCAUCAGAGGGUCCACUGCUAUCACUAUCUCCAACAAUUAUAUGACUCACCAUGAUAAGGUGAUGCUCCUGGGCCACAGUGACGAGUAUACCCAAGAUACAAAUAUGCAAGUAACAAUAGCAUUCAAUCAUUUUGGAGAAGGGCUUGUUCAACGUAUGCCUAGAUGCCGACAUGGGUAUUUUCAUGUAGUGAACAAUGAUUACACCCACUGGGAAAUGUACGCCAUUGGGGGAAGCGCAAAUCCCACCAUCAACAGUCAAGGCAAUAGAUUCAUUGCCCCUGCCGACAGAUUCGCUAAAGAGGUGACCAAGCACGAAGAUGCUGGUCAGAGUGAAUGGCAGAACUGGAAUUGGAGAUCAGAAGGUGAUCUCAUGUUAAAUGGAGCAUUUUUCACUGCAUCAGGAACGGAAGCAUCAUCAAGCUAUGCAAAAGCUUCUAGUUUGGGGGCAAAGCCGUCGUCUCUGAUGGAUUCUCUCACCGGAGCCGCAGGUGUUCUCUCCUGCCAAAAAGGCUCCCGUUGCUGAUACAAUGGAGAUCCAUUUCAAUAUUUUCUGCUUUUUUAUAUGUACUAUAGAUGGUAACUUUCUCUUCAACCUCGGCCUGCAUGUCUCUUAUGGUAGAGGCGAAUCUUUAGUGGGUGCAGAAGCGUUGUCGACUAAUAUCAAUGUCUUUUUGUUCUUAA